AUCUCCAUUUCGUGCUGCCGGGAGAGUAUAGCUACGUGCUGAGUUGUUUCUUCCUUUGAGCUGUAAAUGAAAUACAUUCACUUUGAGGUGAUAAAAUGUGUUUCAUGAUUGUUACAGCCUGUAUCUCUGACAUGUAUUCAAUUUCCUAAAACCUAUGAAGUCGUAUAUCUAAUCUCUAAGCUAGCACGAUGCUGAGGGGAUGAGGCACUGCAGAUAUCUGAGGGCAGAUAAUCCUGUUUGUCUCCAGAACUGUGGAGGCUGCAGGAAGAACUGGCAAGCUGCAAGAGGCCCUGACAUUUGCCCAUCAGUGUAAGGACGAGCCACCUCUAUGUUGUUGUCAUUCAGCCCAAUGUCUGGGAUUUGGUUUUGUUUCAUUGUUAAAUAGAAGUGGUGCUUUUCCAAGAAAGAUCAUUGUAAAAUUGGAUUCAGGAACAGCCUUUUUAUUUCUCAAUGUGGAGGCAAGUUUUGCUCUACUUCAGGACUCACAGCUACCGUGCAGACAACUGCCAAGCAAAGGAGACCUUUCAAAAUGAAGAUGAAGAUAAUAUUAAAGCAGCACAGUGGAUUUUCAAGCCCAUGGGAUCAGAGCGGAUGGAGAUGCGCAAACGGCAGAUGUCUACGACCCAGGAGACCCCAGGUGCUGCACAGGCUCCACUCAGCGCAGGAAAUCGAGGGUCCAAUGCCUGCUGCUUUUGUUGGUGCUGCUGCUGCAGCUGCUCAUGUCUUACUGUUAGAAAUCAAGAUGAAGAGAGAGCAAGGAGAACAUCUCAUGAGCUGCAAGCAGAGGGUAUUCCAAACUGUGAGGAAAGCCCUGCUCCUACUCUUGAAGAAGUAAAUGCCUGGGCUCAAUCAUUUGACAAGUUGAUGCUUACUCCAGCUGGCAGAAAUGCUUUUCGUGAAUUUCUACGAACAGAAUUCAGCGAGGAGAACAUGCUUUUCUGGAUGGCCUGUGAGGAACUGAAACAAGAAUCCAACAAAAGUGUCAUUGAAGAAAAAGCAAGACUAAUUUAUGAAGAUUAUAUUUCUAUCCUUUCUCCAAAAGAGGUCAGUCUGGACUCCAGAGUAAGAGAAGUUAUUAAUCGAAAUAUGCUGGAACCCUCACAACAUACCUUCGAUGAUGCACAGCUUCAAAUUUAUACCUUAAUGCACAGAGACUCCUACCCACGGUUUAUGAACUCUGCUAUUUAUAAGGACUUGCUUCAGUCCUUAUCUGAAAAAUCCAUUGAAGCAUAGAAUUUUUUCUUAAAUGUAUUUAUUUUAAAACAAACAGAACUCUGGGCUACAUCAAUCCACAGGGAAUUUAGAAUUAAUCAGAUAUUUACCUGAAAAUAACUCAGGCAAGUUUUACUACAGACUGAAUGAUUUAAACCCGCACAAGGCUCUGACACAAUCAGCUAACUACAGUUUCUGAUCAAAUUCCGUGUGUCUUUGCAAAAGAGAAUGAAGAGAAUGAUGAGAAAAUGUUGUUCAAAAAAUGCAGUAUUUCUGUUUCUUCAAAUACAGCAUGCAAUUCAGAAGCAAAACUGUUAGCAGCGUUAUGUCUGAGGCACAAAUACCAGCUGAGCACGAAGACUACGUUUUAUUUAUAAGUGGAUUGUUAGAAUUCUCUGGAAAACCAAACCAGUUGCCCCAUCCACACUGUGACCAAAGUGAAAACAGUACUGUCAAUAUCUGGGUUAUAUGAGACAAAGCUUCACACAUACCUGGCUUAGGUACGGUCCACUUGUCUUCGUAUAUUUAAUGCAUAUAUGGUGCACUAAUGGAAAUUGGUAUGGCAAUCUCAAGUUUAUGGAAGCUAAUGGUUGAAAUCAUGCUGCCUAUGAAAAUCUUUUGCUGAAGAAUUGUUAUUUUACUACUAGAGUCUGCUGAAUGCAUUUUUAAGUUCAUACUGUUGAUGUUUAUAAAGUUAAAUUAUUUACUUAAGAGAAAGAAGAGUCUGGGCAUUUAAAUUCCAAAAUAAAGCACAACAAUUCUCACAUAUUCUUCUCUUCCCUUGGUAGGUAGAUGUAAAACCCCUUCACUAUUUGCUCCUGAGAGGAUGGCAGUAUCAGCCAUCUUGAUUUUGUACAUAUUAAAUUGUCCCAUUAUCUCGCAGAUCUUGUAAGGUUUCUAUUCCAGAUACACACAUAUUUAACUGAGAAAAGAAGGAAGGUGGAACUAUUCUGUUCUGAUACAGCACUAUUUCAGACUGUCUGAAAGAAAAGCAACAGCUCUAUCCACUAAUAAACCAUGUUCAUUUACAGUAUCCCCAAAGCAUUACAUUUGAUUUCUGAUUGUAUCUCAAAAAUCAGUAAUCACAAGAAGUACUAGAAAGAAAGUUGAAUCUGCAUAAUCUAUGUGUAGAUUAUGUAUGUUAUUCUAUGUAUAACUAUGUAUGUUAUUCUAACAACUUCUUUAUUUCAAAUUACAAGAUUCACUACAAUUCCACUAAAUUAAAGUUUGGAGUUCAUAGUGGAGUUCCAUUGAAUUGUGUUUUUUCCUGUACAUUUAUUUAAAUGAACCAAAUGACACAUAUAGGUAGGAAAAGGACAUAUGGGAAACAGAAAGAAAAAAAAAAAAUUACCCCUAGAAGGGAAAAACCAGACAGGCAGAGUUCAGUGGCAUUUACUGUAGCCUUUCUAAAGCAUACUCUUUGCUUAAUUCCAGAAAAGCAGAAAAUGGGGACUUCCUCUGAUAAAAAGCAAUAGGAAUAACAAGGCAAAAUUUAGGAUAUUAGUUUAAUUGUUUCCUCAAUGCACUCAGCAGGAGACGUGUUCUCCCCUUACAGCAUUUGCAUUAUUAAACAAAUAAUUAUGAGAUUUUUCAUUACACAGAACCACAGGAGAAUACCCAAUCCACGGUAAGUUAACAAUACCUAUGGACCAGUUUCCAUCAUCUCCUUCCAAAAUGAAAACACUAUUCAACAUGUCAGCACACAAAAGUAAACCAAAAAACUUAAACAGCAAAUCAAAGUGCUCUUGCCUUCUGUAGCACAAUGCUGCAUGACUGAGUUAAGAAGCCCUUCAAUACACUGCUACUUAAGACACAGCCUAGUUCGCAGUCACCACCACUUAACAUACCACUGCUGGUUAUCUCAGCUGAAUUUCUAGUAAACAUACCCAAAGCACUACCAAUACAAUUUUAGUUUACAUAAAGUAUUCAAUGGUAGGUAGUAACUUCUACAAAACAAACUAGACACAUCAGUAAGGCAGUGUUCAUUGGGAACUUGCAGUCAAACUUAUGAAGCUGUACUUACCAUAGAAUCAGACUGGUUUGGGUUGGAAGGGUCAUCUAGUCAUCAGAAAGAUCAUCUAGUUCCAACCCCAUGUCAUGGGGCAGGGACACCUUCCACUAGACCAGGUUGCUCAAAGCCUCAUCCAACCUGGCCUUGAAUACUUCCAAGGAUGGGGCAGCCACAACUUUUUGGAGUCGCCAUUCUCAUAGCGAAGAAUUUUUCUCAUCUAAAUUUACCCUCUUUCAGUUUAAAGCCAUUCCCCCUUGUCCUGUCACUACAUGCCUUUGUAAAAAGUCCCUCUCCAGAUUUCUUGUAGACCCCCUUUAGGUACUGGAAAGCUGCUAUAAGGUCUCCCUGGAGCCUUCUCUUCUCCAGGCUGAACAACCCCCACUCU